AUGCGGGGUGGGUCGCGGGGGGUGGGUGACGGCGGCGGCACCGUGAGAGCGGGGGUCAUGGGGGCCAAGUUCGGGAGGCAUGGGAUGGGUGAUGGCAGUGGUGGCACCACGAGAGCGAGGGUCCUGGGGGCUGAGUUCGGGCGGCAUGGGAUGGGUGAUGACGGUGGCGACGCCGCGGGAGCGAGGGUCGCGGAGGCCGAGUCUGGGUGGCUUGGGGUGGGUGAUGGUGCUAGCACCGCGGGAGUGGAGGUCGCGGUGGCCGAGUCUGGGCGACGCGGGGUGGGUGACAGUGCUAGCACCGUCGUCGGAUCGGAGGUCGCAGGGGCCGAGUCCUGA